GAGGAGGAGGAAUGAAUGGGACAGCCAUUGAAAAUUUUGUUUGUGUCAUUUUUAAUGUUUCCUUCAUGAACUGCACCUGGCAUGUGGGCAGGACUGCUACAGAAGAUACCCAAUAUUUCCUGUACUGGAGGCCCUCGGAGAAAGAAGAUGUCACAGAAUGCCAAAAUUACAUCAAAGAUAACUGUGGAAGGCACAUAGGAUGCAAAUUUCAAAAUGUGACAAUAAAAAAUAAAAAUGCUUAUUUCCUGGUAAAUGGGACCAGCAGUGAAAAAAGCAUUCAGUCAUAUGAGAAAAGGAUACAGCUAUACCAAAUUGAAAAACUCACUCCUCCACUAAAUGUCACAGUGAACUGUACAGAAGCUUCUCGUAGAUGUAGCAUUUGGUGGCAACCACCUCGUACAAGUCAUGUGAAAAAUAGAAAAUGUUUCAAAUAUGAAAUUGUCAUAGAAAACAAGGCUGAUGCUGAGAAAAACACUAAAACUGCAUCUAAAACAAAAGCAAUCAUUGAAGAAAACUCCUACCUAUAUGAAAGCUUCAGCUCAGGAGAAACGUACAGCGUCAAAAUCAGAGCAAGAGAUGUGGACAUUUGUUUAGUAAGCCGAAACUGGGGAGAGUGGAGUACACCUGUGGAGUUUGGAACACAACAACUUACAUCCACUUCAUCAUAUAUGCUAUUUCUGAUACCAGGGCUGGCAGCAGGUCUCGUGCUUUUCCUCUGCAUGACAGUGAGGAUUUAUUUGAAAAAAACAUCUGCUACAGUACCACAGCCAAGAGACCCAUUCCGUGAGACCUCUCCAGUGGACUUUCAGAAAGAAUAUAUGAAUCUAUUAAAAAAACAAGGAACUGAAGAAAUAAUAGAUAUUGAAGAAAUGAUGGAAUGCAAGUGAAAUGAGCAACUUGAUUUUUUUCAAGCAUAUAUACCUUGUUGGCAAAAAUUAACAGGUUUUUUAUAUUCUCUCACUCCUGGAAGCAGGGAGAAGAACACUGACUGUAGAGAUAACUGCCCAAAAUGUUAUCUCUAAAAGCCUCUUUGUAUUUGGUUGCAUUUUCUAUGAACAGUUAAGUUUGUAUUAUUUCUGUUUUUUAUUGUGAUGAAUAUCACAGCAUUUCAGAAAAAAAAAUUCAAUAUUUCUUUGGAAGUUAUUAUACCGUUUUUCAACACCAUGCAAAAGAAAAAGUAAGAACAACCAAACUUAAGGGGUUUAUUCAGGAUCUCCAUUGGUUUAGUGUCUUGAGAAAGUACAGCUGUACUGGGAUUGUGAUCAACAAUAAAAUUUGACAUCAGUAUGAAAGCCUGCUGUAUGAAGACCAGCCAAGAUCAAACCUCUUAAGAAGCAUCACUUGCUCAUGCAGAGUGAGUACUAUUAAAGAUCUCACUAUACAAUUUUCCCAUAA